AAAAGAUGAUGAGAUGGGUGUAUUGGAGAAUGCUGAUUCUUGCCGUAUGGAGUUUGUGUGCUCACUGUCCCUGAAGGAGGGCGUAUCACAUGAAGUUGAAAGAGUGAAUAUUUACUCCAGUGUUAUGACACUGUUCACAAUCAAUCGAGAAGCAAAUUCGUUUUAGGUGAGAGAGAGCAGUUGAUGUGGGUGGUGUCUCUCAAGAUUUUUUUCCUGCGUUUUAUGAUGCUGUUUAUGCCAAGUAUGGCGAUGGUUUGUCGCU